AAUAAUCCCCUCCAAACCGAAAGCUGAUAUCUCUCAUUAUGGCCUACUCGUAUAGACUACCUCCUUAUUCUUGGGAUUCCCAUAUCCACGUAAUAGAUCCGGAGAACUUCCCUUUGAGCCCGGACAGAAGUAUUGACCCUUUCUCUCUCACUCUCUUUCUCUCCCCCGUCUUUCCCCGCUUCCCCCCUCCCUCCCCCUCCCCACCACCACCCCCUUACCUCUGACCUCGCCCCCCGCCUCCGAGCGCCUUAGACCUAACAUAUGACACGCAACCGAUCUAGCAUACACUCCACUACCAGCCCCGAUCUCCGCUGCGCAAAAGUAUUGCGAAGCCCAGUCUAUAUCCCACCCCGUCAUCGUCACCCCGUCCAUCUAUGGAACCGACAACACGAUUCUACUUGCGGCGCUAGAAGCCUUCUCCCCGAACGCCAUCGGGGUAGCGGUGCUGGACCCCUUCUCGGAACCGCCGCCAUCCCCCGAGACCCUGCAAUCACUGCACAACGCGGGUGUCCGGGGACUGCGCAUCAACUCUGCGAGCAACCCAUCGGAAAGUGUCCUCCGCGCACACGCCGAGCUUUGCAAGCCGCACAAAUGGGUCCUGCAACUAAAAACCCCCCUGGACGCCUUCGCCACUUUGCACAAGCUCAUACCCACCCUUGGCGUCCCCGUCGUCGCGGACCACUUUGCCGGCGCCUGCGCGGGCGAGAACCCCUACUCCCAGCGCGGUUUCGCCGAAGUGGUCGACUUGAUGAAGAGGGGUGAAUUGUGGGUCAAGAUCUCCGCGCCGUACUUGGGCUCACGAUUCGGGAGGGAUGGGAAUUAUGCGGAUAUGGGGGUCGUGGCGAAGGAGCUGCUCGGGGAGGCCCCGCGGAUGUGUGUUUACGGCAGCGGCUGGCCGCAUGUGCAGGGCGAUACGGGUGACGACCCGCUCGUGGCCAGGCCGUUUAGGGACGUGGACGACUCGGCGUUUGUGGACGUUGUCAAAGGGUGGGUGGUAACCUGGAGGGCCUUCCAGCGGCUCAUGGUGGAAAACCCGAGGAGGCUUUGGGGGUGGGAGGGGAGGGAUUAG